AUGCUGGAACUGGCGCUUGACAGCUCCAAACGGAUCCGAAAGAGAAAGUACUCUCGAAACGGAUGCAAGGAGUGCAAACGGCGCAAAAUCAAAUGCGACGAAACAGUGCCGGAAUGCAACAACUGCACGCGCUUGAAAAAAGCGUGCGAGUACGACCAUUCCAUGAAUCUGGCGAAGAAAACAGACCUACAGCAAAAGGGCCCGGGAACCCUCCGCGUGAAGAUGUAUCGGUCGAGCUUCGAGACGAGUCCUCCGGAAAACGCCGUAGAACCUUCUCCUGUGCCUGUAGCCGCUGUAGAUAGCAAGCCGUCGCCGAAACAUACAAUCACAUUUGUACUGAACAAUGGGGUCGAACUCGAGCCACAGGCGUCACCAGAAGAGAAGCCGCCGGCAACCGGCAAUGGCGGCGAAGGGUUGACCAUUGAUAUCCCUGCUGCUGAGUCUUUUGAGACGCAAGACUUGCUUGGGCUCUUCAAUAGGGCCAGUGACCUUGUUCACGAUAUGAGCGAGUUUUUGGUACCCAUGGAUGCGGAUAACGCAUCCAACAACUCGGCAGGUGUCACUCCUCACGGCCAUUACACGCCUCUGGUCCCUCAGAGCGGCGAAAUGUCCGAAAGCAGCUCGUCGUAUCGAGUGGACAUGUCGGAGUACGAGCUCUAUAUGGAGCCGCGGGCGUUUCCGAGCCCCAACGGCGUCACGGAAAGACUUCUUCUCUCCAACUCGGAGCUCAUCAAGAACUGCGUGGCAGAACAUACGCUCACAGAGCCCCAUGUGGAAUAUCUCAAGACACUUACAACUACAGAUCUUUCAUACCAUAUCUUCCCCUAUGCUUCGCUGAUUGAGUCGAACCAGGGUGUGAAACUUUUGUUGAUUUACCUGGCAAAAUGUCCGUAUCUUCUAUCUUCUCUCUUGGCUAUUUCGGCUACAUUUCAGUUCAACCAGACAGGCAAACUGCGCCAUGAUAGAGCUCGUCAAACUUAUACCGCCAGGUGCUUGAAAGCAUUGAGUGGUGCUUUUGCCGAGUAUUCCAGCUUUUCGGACCCUUCAAUGCUUGCAAGCAAUAUCGAGCUGUUGUUGUUGACCAUUUUGGUCUUGAGUUCCUGUUUCACAGCCACUAAAUACACUGUCUCUGAUAACUACCUCAACCAAUGGCAGACACAUCUUAAAGGCGCUCGUGAUUUGCUCAUUGAUUACUCCCAAAAAACCAAAUUCUCAGGUGGUCCCCUGUCGUUGUACAUGACUAGCGGUCUUGCCUUCGCAAAGUCCUGGUUUUUCGCCAUCGAAAGUUCUGCUGUGCUACAUACAACCGUAGGAAGACCCUUUCUGCAAGCAGUCAGUGGGCCAGAGUUGGAGCAGGCACAGGGAACUGACUUUUUCGACGCCGCUCCCUCAAUAGAGGCAAAUCCAGACUAUGAGGCCUGGCUAGAUACUGGAACUACCGAGGCAAAAGCCAAUGCAAACUAUCACAACGCAUUGGAACGCGCUGGCCUCAUUUGCCAGACCCAAAGUGGCGCUGAUUUCAAUCUAUUUUGGGGAUAUACAUCCUCUACAGUGAGAAUGAUUGUAACCCUAGAUUGCAUUAACCAUUCAAUUCAGCAGAGGAACUUGAAGAUUGUGCCUGCAAGAUGGACCAUCCACCUCAUUGCAUUAAUUGACGGGCUUUUAGCAGAUACGAUCGUGCCUGGUGUCACGUUUCCAACAUUUGAAGUAAAUGUACCUAAGACCGAGCCAAGCGUGCCAGCGUUUGCAGCCCGCUGUGGUAUCUCAGAAGCAUGCUUCUCUACCGAGAGUCUGGAGGAUGGUGUUCAGAGAACCUAUUCAUGGUUUGACGCCUCUGCCCACAAUGUUUGCAACAACAUGUACAUGAGAGUGCUUACCUCGAAGUACUUUCUCGGAUUGCCUCGAACACAUCCUCAGGUACAAUCUGUUUUGCAAAACAUAACGGACGGUUUCUUCUUCAUUAAGAAGAAAUCAGCGCCAUAUCAACUUGACGAGUCACAGGUAAUUCUACAAAGUGAACAUUUCUACCUCAGCCCCAGUACAUUUGACUAUCACUGUAUCAUGCAUCAAUCUAUAUUCCGUAUGAUUUCCGGUGUGGUCGUUGACGAGGUCGAUUUCGAGAGAAUCGAGCUAUUCUUCAUGGGGUUGGUCAAGCUCGGAAACGGGAGUGCGCUUUCCUUCCUCGAUCACGUCAUAAAGUUCAAGGAGCUUAGGCGCAUCUAUCGUGAGAGCCAUCCAAAUGAGAUAGAUGACGAGGUCUACGAUUCAUUCUCAGUUCUGACCGACAUCCCGUUUGCCUAA